AUGGGGCAAGUACACAACGUGACAGAAUUCAUCCUGCUUGGCCUGACACAGAACUCAGUUGUUCAGAAAAUUUUGUUUGUGGUGUUUAUAAUCAUCUACCUGUUCACUUUAGCAGGCAACCUACUCAUCGUAGUAACCAUCACCACCAGUCAAGCCCUAAGCUCCCCCAUGUAUUUUUUUCUGUCCUUCCUAUCCUUUGUAGAUUGCAUCUUCACUUCUACAAUGGCCCCUGAAAUGAUGAUUAACUUACUAACUAAAAAGAAAACCAUCUCUUACACUGGGUGCAUGACUCAGCUCUUUGCAGAGCAUUUCUUUGGAGGAGUGGAAAUCAUCCUACUGACGGUGAUGGCCUAUGACCGCUAUGUGGCCAUCUGCAAACCCCUACACUACAUGAGCACAAUGAACGGGCGGGUAUGUGGCCUCCUGGUGACCCUGGCCUGGUCUGGAGGAUUUCUUCAUGGUCUAGUUCAAGUUCUUUUUAUGGUCUGGUUACCCUUUUGUGGCCCAAAUGUUAUUGAUCAUUUCAUUUGCGAUCUUUUCCCUUUGUUGAAACUCACCUGCACUGACACAUACAUAUUUGGACUCUUUGUUGCUGCCAACAGUGGGCUGAUGUGUGUACUCAUUUUCUCUAUUAUUAUCACCUCCUAUGUCCUCAUCCUUUGCUCCCUAAGAACUCACAGCUCUGAAGGACAGAAAAAGGCUCUUUCCACCUGUACCUCCCAUGUUACUGUAGUCAUCUUAUUCUUUGUACCCUGUAUAUUUGUGUACCUUCGGCCCAUGAUCACUUUCCCCAUUGAUAAAGCAGUGGCUGUGUUUUACACUAUGGUCACUCCCAUGUUAAAUCCUUUAAUCUACACCCUGAGAAAUGCAGAGGUAAAAAAUGCAAUGAGGAAGCUCUGGAGUCACAGGGUGAUCAUAAGGUAA